AAGUAUCGAUAUUUUCUUAUAAUAUAUUAACGCUACGAAAAAAAAGUAGACAGGUUUUCAACGAACAUCGUAUCGAUAUUCGAUACCUAUGAAUAUCGAUUAAACACUAUACAUCUAUAAAUUCAUAACCAUCUUUUGACACAUUUAAAAUGUCAAAAUGGCAUGAGUGAAGAAAACAACCAAAAACCAACUAGAAAAUUAAUAAGAGUACGAAAAUUCCGCACAAACCCAACCGAAAACAAUCUAGAAGAACAAGAGGUAUCUGCACCAACACUCAGCCAAAACUCAGAUUCAAUUUUUUCCGGUGACGAAGAAGAAAUCCAAGUAAUCGACCCCGAAAGCCAAUCAAACAGCUCUAGGCGGCACCCUAUUGAGUUUAUGUUUCCCCAUUUAAAACAAGAAGGUCUCGAUACCAAUAAUUUAACUAAAACUAUGAGCACAACAGAUUUAACUAAAUUACUAGUUGGUAAAACGGCCCAGAUUCCUGAUGAAAUGAGAAAUCGUUAUGGAAGACGUAGAGCGAUUGAUUUCUCCACAAUAGUAGAGGAAGACGAAAAUUCCUCGAGUAGUGAAGACCUAAAGAAACUUCGAAGAAAACUAAGGAAACUCUUUAAAUCACCGGCCGAAAUGACAGAUGACGGCAACGAAAGUGACAUUAGUGAGAGCGAAGAAGACACAGAGGACAAAUAAAACCACUACUUAAAAAUACGAAAAAUCUUACAAGAGUUUUAUUUUUUAACACUUACAAAAAAUUGUUUAUCCUAAAAUUUAUUUAUUGCAGCUGCCACAGUUAUCGGCCUGUCAAAAGUCAGUCAAUAAUUAAUUAUGAAUUAAAUGAAAAACAGGCUAAUCUAACAAUUAAUCUACAGUUUUGUCAUCUGUGGUAGCUCUCUCUCUUUACUAAAGUCAAAAGAUUUUUUUUUUUGUGCGUUUUUCUUAAUAUUAAUAAAUUAAAUUGUUUCGAAACUACCCUAUAAACGUGGAAAGUGAAACAGCCAAGUUUUAAUUUUGGCCAUUUAUGAAUGGUUUAGCACGUUUAUAGGGCUGAUUGAAAUCGAUUUUAUCUUGGAAAUAAAUAUUAUCUGAGUGGGGAGUUAAUAAAUAAAUUGUAUUUAAAAAGGUUUCAGAAACAACAAGCUUAUAUGGAUUUUUUAAUUUGAAACUUUUAGGGAUUUGAGUGUAUUUUAUUUAAAUUUGAAUAAAUAAUUUUUGCAGUGUAAAGUGAACAGCAAUUCAUUUUUAUCUUUUUUCUUUGUCGUUCCAAAUGCAUUAGACAAAGAUGAAAAUAUUUCAAAAAUAAUUGUUUGAUGAUCGAAGUAGGCUUUGGAAAAUUGGUGGUACUUGUUUUCUUUAUCAUUUUAAAUUAAUUUAACAAAGAUUAUAGAUUUGUUUUUAAAUAAUAAAUUAAAAUUUAUGUUGUUUUUUGUCUUUAUCGUUCCAAAUAAUGUGCUAGACAGAGACGAAUAUUGAAUAGCGUAUUUGUUUAUUUUUUCAAAAACAUCAAAACUUGAUGCCAUUUUUUUCUCUUUAUUGUUUCAAACGCAUUAGACAAGGAUAAAUAUAUUUCAAAAAACUUUUUUUUCUUUAAAGCUCAUAAUGCUAUUAAUUCCAUUGAAAUUAAGUAAAAACUCGAAUUAAAAAAAAAGGAUUGUGAAAAAAAAAAAUUGAAAAAUGAGUUUGCCUAUUUUAUUUUUAUCUUUUAUCUUUGUCAUUUCAAAUGUAUUAGACAAAGAUGAAAAUAUUUCAAAACUUAUUUUUUGAUGAUCAAAGUAGGCUUUGGCUGUUAACUUCACACCAAUAAUAAUUUUUCUAGCAAAAUCAGAUACAAUUUUAAAUUAAAUUAAACAAUCCAUAUAAAUCAAUUAAAAAUAAAGAUAAACUCUAAAGCAAAAAUAAAUAAAUUGCUUAUAAUUGUAACAAGUGCGAGGAAUAAAGAAUUAAAAAGUGAACUAAGUUCAAAAAUAAUUAUUUUUUCAAAAUAAAUAAUUACAGUUUUCAUAAGUUCUGUUCCAACCGACGAUAAUUUCCAGUUGAUAAAUUCAUUUGUCAAGUAGAUAUAAACGUUUAACUUAUUGAAAAAAUAGGUGGGCAACUGGAAAUUACUGGUUUUGGAACGGUUCUCAUGUCAGUUGGAAUAAAGCUAUAGCCUCGAUUAAUUGGGAAAAAUUAUUUACAUUUUUUAGAUAAUAUCAUAUUAAUAAUGGGAAAAAAAAUGUUCUAAAUGCAAUUUUUCUUUGUUUAAAUAAACCAAUAAUAAUGAAUAUACUAAAAAAACAAAACAAGUGUCUAAAAUAUAAAAAUUGUUUUCAAUGCUAUUUAGCCACUAGCUGACGUCACACAAAUAACCUCACUUUUGUUGGGGAGACAAACAAAGGGUUUCAAGGACUAUUCAUACACACAGGUGCUAACUUGUCAGCAAUGACGUAACGUCACUUUGGAUAAGGGGACAAACAUUUCAUGUGUAUGACGUCAGCUAGUAUCUACACUUUAUUUCAUGAAGGUUCAUACUUUUGACAUCAAAGACGUCAUAACUUGUCGUAGAUUAAUUUGUAUGACACAUUCAAUUUUUUUAACAAAUUAAAAUUAAUGAAUUCUGGUUUAAGAACCGACGAACAUUUUUGACGUCGUUGAUUUGUUUCAGUCAAUUUCUAUUUGUUAAAAAAGGAAGGCAAAUUAUGUCAAAAGUAUGAACUCCUUGGAUUGGCAUAAUUUUAAAUUUUAAUAAUUUUCCACACAAACACAAUAAUUCCAAUUUCACUCAUCAGUCUCUCAAUCAUAGCACAAAAAUUAAUCAUUUAUUGAAUAAUAUCAAAAACAAUUACCUUCAAUACUUUCGUCUCCAAGGCAAUAAUAUCCGGAGACACCUGACGACGCCUCUUGGUAAAGCGAAAUUGAAACUAGAGUCCAGCAAAUGUCAUUGGGACUUGAGACUGACCAGUUUCCGGCUCCUCGCUCGAGCCUCUUGUCUGGUGUUGGUGUAUUCGAACCAUAAGACGUUCGGUAUCAGAGUGGUGUCUCUAAUCAUCAGAAUUUCUGAUAUUCUCCUGAAAAUA